GAAGGGCGCGUUGUUGGCGUGGCGGGCGGUGGCGGGGCCAAGAUGGCGGCGGCGCUGUCGGUGAGCGGGGCCGGGCCCGGGCCCGGAGCGGAGCCACCGGCGGGGCCCGGCCUGGCCCCCGAGGAGGAGCUGCCGCCGCUGGACCCGGCCGAGGUGCGGAGCCGCCUGGAGCACAGCGAGCGGCAGUUCCGCAACCGGCGGAAGGUGCUGAUCCGCGGCUUACCGGCGGAUGUGACCAACCAGGAUAUCCACGAGCUGCUGAAGGACUACGAGCUCAAGUAUUGCUUUGUGGACAAGUACAAGGGAACGGCCUUCGUCACGCUGCUCACGGCCGAGCAGGCGGCCUCGGCGGUUGGGCGCUUCCACGGCCGCUCCCUGCGGCAGCGCCCGCUGCGGGUGCAGCUGCAGCCCAAGGCCGUGCUGUGCGUGGCCAACCUGCCCCGCCUGCUGACGCAGCCGCAGUUCGAGGAGCUGCUGCGGCCCUUCGGCAGCCUGGAGCGCUGCUUCCUGGUCUACAGCCCCGCCACGGGCCACUCCAAGGGCUACGGCUUCGUGGAGUUCAUGAAGAAGGACUCGGGCCGGGCGCGCUCGGAGCUGCUGGGGAAGCAGCUGGGCAGCCAGCUGCACGUGCACUGGGUGGAGCGCGCGCAGCUGAGCCCCGAGCUGCUGCACUCGCGCUGCCUCUGCGUGGACAGGCUGCCCCGGGGCUUCAGCGACCUGCAGGGGCUCAGGGCCGUGUUCCAGAGGGUCUGCGAGCCCUCCUUCUGCCAGCUGGCCAUCGGGCAGGACGGGCAGCCCAAGGGUUUCGCAGUGCUGGAGUUCGAGUCCCCCGAGGCGGCCGAGCGAGCCCAGGAGGCCACGGACGGGUUCCCUCUGUCCGGGCAGCGCGUCCGUGUGUCCUUCUGCGCCCCGGGGCCCUCGGGCCGCAGCAUGCUGGCCGCGCUGAUCGCCGCGCAGGCCACGGCCCUGAACCGUGGCAAGGGGCUGCUGCCCGAGCCGUCCCUGCUGCAGAUCCUGGGCAGCCUGGGCAACCCGGCCUCGCUGCAGCUGCUGCUCAGCCCCCUGCUCCGGGGGGCGCUGCCCGCCAAGCAGGGAAUUCUGGGAGCCGCUCCCUCCCUUCCCCUGGUGCCCAACCCCGCGCUCUCCACGGCUCUGCUCCAGCUGGCUCUGCACGGCCCGGCACAGAAACCGGGAAUUUUGGGCGAUUCCCCGCUGAGCUCCCUGGCCCAGCCCCCGGGGAAGCUCCUGGGGGAGAUUCCCUCAGGUGUUCCCGGGGAUGGGGCCCAGCCCCGUGGGAAGUCCCCGGUCCUGGCUCCGUUCUUGGCCCCGGAGGCGGCGCUGGGACGCCCGGGGACCCCCCCGGGGCUGGGACCCCUCCCCAAGCCCCUCCCCAAAAGCCCCUCCCCAAGCCCCUCCCCAAGCCCCGCCCCAAAGCCCAAGGGAGAGAGCGGAGCCCCCGCCCCCACGGUCUCUCUCCUGGGGGAGCCCCCCAAAGAUUUGAGGAUCCCCCUCAAUCCCUACCUGAACCUGCAGAGCCUCCUGCCCACGCCCGGCCUGCCCGCCAAGGGGCUGAGGAUGAACCCCGGGGUUUUGGGGCCGCCCGACGCCUUCGCCGUGGAUUCCCGGUCAGGGCAGAUUUUGGGUCUCCCUCCUCCUCCUCCUCCUCCUCCUCCUCCUCCUGCUGCUCCUCCCCGGGGCUGGAGCGGGCGGCUCUGGGCCCCCCCUUUGGCUCAGGCUCCCCCAGGUCCCAUUUCAGCAGCGGCCUCCAGGCCGGGCUCCGCCAGAGCCACCCCCGCCCCAGCCAGGCCGCCUCCAUCCCCCCCGAGCUCCGACUCCAUCCCGGCCUUGGCUGCCCCCGGCUCCCGCCCCAAGGCGGCGCCGGGCCCGCACAAGAGGGGCUCCUCGCAGCUGCUGCCCUCGCCCGAGCCCAGCCCCGAGGGCGCCUACGUGGGCCAGCACUCGCAGGGCCUGGGCGGCCACUACGCCGACUCCUACCUGAAGAGAAAACGGAUAUUUUAGUGGGGGGAAACACCCCAAAAACCCCGAAAUUAACCCCAAACAGACCCCAAAACAGACCCCAAAACAGACCCCAAAAAAACCCCAAAACAAACCC